UGGCCGACUGCGGAUAGUAAAAACUUGUUGGUUGUCCCGUUAUCGAAUUUCCUGAUAAAUAUCUAAAAGCUAUAUUAAAGGAAAAAAUCAAAAUUGACACGUAAUUAAAGUUGUACUAAAAAAUGAAUAGUAUACAAAUUUUUAUUCGGUUUCGUGCAUGCAUUAAACAACCAAUGGUGAACAAGGAAAUAAAAUGCCGCGAUUAAAAUUUGUGAGGUUUUGACACGUUUACAAAUUCAAGAUCCAAGUGGUGAAUCUUGAAAGGAUUUUUGAGAGUGGAAACUCAUUAAUAUUACAGAAGGAUAUACUGAUCAGAACGUGCUAUUUGUUCAUAGAGGGUGUGAGAUCAUUGUACAAACAUUAUGACGAAUUGCUGCCUCUGGAAUGAUACGAAGGAUUCUCCCUAUUUUUUUUGUCGUCUGCAUUUCUUUAGUGUUUUAUAAUUAUAUUAAACAUGUGUGCUUGUGAAUGUCAUUAUAAUUAACAAGUGACAAGUGAUUAUAAUCCGAUACAUUAAAGUAUAACUUUAUUUACAUAAUAAGCGUUAGGUGCUUAUCAACCAUGAAGAAACAAUUCUUCAGAGUUAAACAGCUCGCUGAUCAAACAUUUUCUAGAGCUGGUAAGACAGAAGUACUCACAGAUGAUUUACAAGCUGCAGACAAACAUGUAGAUCAAAUUAGAAUGGCUCUCAUUGGAUUAAGUAAAAGGCUUGGUAAUCCACCGAAUCAAGCUAUGACACAAGAUCCUGCACUCAAGGAAAAGCGAUUGAAAAAAUGCCCAGAGUAUAUAUUAGGACAAACAAUGUUGGAAAAUGCUCCUGACGAUGGUCUCAUGGGUUUUACUUUAUCAGGAUGUGGUCGUGCACAGAUGCAUUUAGCAAAUGAAGCAAUUGAACAUGAAGCAAAAGUUGAACAAUAUGUUGCAAUUCCUCUUCAGCACAUUUUAGAUACAGAUGUACCAAAUAUAUUAAAACAUAAACGAAAUUUAGCUCGAUUAAUCUUAGACAUGGAUAGUGUGAGGACAAGAUACCAACAAGCCAGUAAACAUAGUGCUAGUGCAGGUGCAGCAAAAGUUGAUAAUCUAAGAGAAGAAUUAGAAGAAGCAGAAGCUAAAGUUGAACAAUGUAGAGAUCAAUUGGCUGCAGAAAUGUUUCAACUUAUGUCACGAGAAACUGAAUUAGCACACACUAUCAUACAAUAUGUGAAACUUCAAAGAGCUUAUCAUGAGAGUGCACUACAUUGCCUUGAAGAACUUAUUCCUGGAUUAGAAAGUUACAUUAAUGAUAAUGAAAUGAAACCAGUUUAUGGCUAUCCUCUAGAGGAACAUCUCAGAGUAACCAACAGAAAAAUUGCAUUACCUAUUCAAUUAUGUGUAUCUGCAUUGCUAAGAUUAGGUAUGGAAGAAGAAGGCCUUUUUAGAAUAGCUGGUGCUGCAUCAAAAUCACGACGAAUUAAAUUAAGUUUAGAUGCAUGUUGUUUGACAUUACCAACUGCUCUGGAAUAUAAAGAUCCACAUGUAAUUGCUGGUGCAUUAAAGUCUUAUUUACGAGAAUUACCUGAGCCUCUUCUAACUUAUAAAUUGUACCCUGAAUGGAUGGCAGCUGCAAAAAUAACCCAAAAUGAAACAAGAUUGAGGUCCCUUUGGGAAGUGCUACAUAAAUUACCACCAGCAAAUUUAGAAAAUUUACGAUUUUUAAUCAAAUUUUUGGCUGUACUCACUAAAAAUCAAGAUGUGAAUAAAAUGUCACCACAAAAUAUUGCAAUUGUGAUUGCACCAAAUUUAAUAUGGAGUCCACAAGAGGAUGUAAAUACAAUGGUAAUGAACAUGAGCACAGCUAAUAAUUCUAGUCUUAUAGUUGAUCUGUUAAUUACAUACGCAGAUUGGUUUUUUCCUGGUGAAAUUGAUUUUGAUCGUGAUUUGGAGAUUGGUAUCAUAAAUGGUUCAGAAAAUCAAAGCACUAAUAUGCGUCGUUGCAUUUCUAAUAGUAGUCUUAGCGAUCAUGGUGAAAGUCCUCCACAAGGUAGUCCGAAACCAGCAGCCCGCAGAAAAAAUAAACCAGCUCCGACGCCACCGAGUAGUACUACUCCAGACAAACACGAUAAGAAAUCUGAUGACAAACCACCACCCACACCAGAUAAACCUCCUAGACCUUUAACAUCAGCAACUCUUAAUCGCAUGACAUCUAAAACUCAAAAGCAUGAAACAGUAAAUAAUGAAUUAAUAGUUAAACAUGACAAUAAUACUGAAAAACAAGAUGGAUAUACAGAAACAGAAACUAAACAGCACAGUAUUGAAGUAAAUGCACUUGAUUCCUCAUCCCUUAACUGUUCAGAACACAUUAAUGAAAUACAAGAAGAUAUACAUAAUAUGAAUACAGAAACUGAAAAGGCCAAUAAUCAAGAUGUCCAAAAAUAUGAAAAAAAGUUAAAUGCUCCUAUUGCUUUUGAAAGGAGUACUGCAGAAAAUGCAUUGUGCAAUAAAUCUGUCAUAGAACUUGAAAAUUCAGAGAGUUCUACAAACAAAUUAAAAGCAAUUCCAGCUGAAAGACCACCUCCUUCUACAUUGGAAAGACGUAGACCAGUAGCUGCCCCAAGAAGUAUAACCAAUAUAGUACAUAAUAUAGAAGAAAUCGUUGAAUUACGUAAGAAGCCAGAUGCUGUGUGUACGAGCACGCUUGAUAGAAGCAGUAAACCAGCCAUACCAGAGCGACCAGCUGGAUUAAUACGACCUUCAAGCCUCAUUAAACAACAACCACGCCACAGUAAUGAAAACUUAGACACUGAAGCAGGGCCUUUAACUUUGGAAAGAGCUCAUGUAUAUUCAGUGGACAAACAACAGGUCAGUAUAAUACAAGUGCGUGGAAAUGGCAAUGUGUUCUGCACCUCGGACAACAACAAUGGCAACGCGGCUUCGAACUUACAGAGAAGUCCCAGUGUAGGUAGUCGACCUUCGUCUAUGUCCUUGUACGGUGAGCGACCGGAAAAACCAGCCAAAUUGAAUGCACCAGAACAAGCAAAAGCUCACGUGCGAACCAGAUCCGAAGGGAACAUUAUCGAUGUGCAAACUCAGACUGAGACGGUAAUAGUAGUUAAAUCACCGCAACAACCUGUUCCGGCUUCUCCAAGAUUUCAUCCAAGGCCUCCACGGCCACAACCUCCACCGCCACCUCCACCCACCAUACGAAUAAAAUUGGAACACGAAAGUACUAAUCUCUAG